AUGUUCUUACACGUUCUCUUGAGACGCCAGAGCUUCCUGAGCUUGAGCUUCGACGACAGGGAAUUCAUUCGUUCUCUCAACUUGUCUGUAACAUGGAAAAAUGAUAAAAAGAAGAUAAGUGCAUCUAUUCUGCUUGGGUGCGAUCAACUAUGGAGUUUCAUGCGAAUCAACGAACCAUCAAUAUCCUUACCAUCGGGAAUGCACAUUUUACCCAUUAAAAUAGGAUAUUUGGGUUCAGGAAGACCUAAACUGGAGAACAAAAAUGUUUUCCAAGUCUCUCAACAACUUCAAGANGAAGCAAAAGAAUGGGAGAAGCUCUGGUCCAUGGACCUUAUCCAACAAUACACAAUAUCGUCCACAGGAAACGAAAUUUCCUGGGAAGAGAAGGCGGAACAGGAAAAUGAGGAUGAGGAAAGGAUGGGAAAGGACAUCGAUAAGGAGAAGAUCACGUUGACGGCGGAAGGAUACAUUCAGAAGGUCGACCGAAUCGCUUCGGAAUUACUGGGUCAACUAUUAAAGAAUAUCCCAGACCAAAGCAAUAACGCCCCUCACGGGAAAAACACCAUGGAGGUUCAAGCAAAAGAGGAUGCCGAAAUGACUAUGGACAGUCUCAGCAAAGGACGGAAAGUCGAGAAAACAACACAAAAUAGACUGAUUUCGGAGACCACUGAAACCGCGGACGACGUGGAAAAAGAACAUCCUCAGUCUGCUCCUCAAGAAUUAAGCGACCGUCCAAAUCUGGAUCAGAAGAGUCCAACGAGAAGAAGCUCUCGAUAUACGGAUUACGACGAGGAUGGCAGUCGUCACCAGGACGUUAAUUGCCCUAGGAAGUGCCCUCACAGCGAAAUUGAAAGAGAAUUGGAAGAAGUUGAGAGAGGACUACGACUGCUCCCGACCAGAAAGAUUGCUUACAGAUCACAGCAAGUCAAGUUCUUCGUAACAUGCGCGUUCUGUGAGAUGAAAGGAGCACAUCUAUCUGACUCCCGCCCUGAAGUUUGUGAAGGACACCAAAGACGUCGCAUCAUACGAUUUAGUGAAAGGUGUUUUUACUGCUUGGGGUGGUGUGAAGACCACAAGAAUUGCGAAGAAAAAUAA